AUGAGUAACAAAGAAAAAGUCUGCUUCCCUUCGGAGAAUAAACAAGGAGCUUUGUCGGGGGUGUUGACGGGAGACACUAGCAAAUCAAGCAUGGGGCUCGUGGUUCUACAGGAGUGGUGGGGCAUGAAUCAGGUGAUCAUAGACGAAGCUGCAGAUAUUUCUGGAAGGGGCAACUUUGUUACCCUUGUUCCCGACUUGUACCGGGGAAAAAUAGCGACGGAUCACGAAACCGCGGGCCACUACAUGUCUGAUUUGGAUUGGCCAGGCGCAGUGCAAGAUAUCGCUGGGGCUGCGAAAUAUUUGAAGGAGAAAGGUUGGCCCAAUAUAAGCUUGAAGAUAAACUCCUUAGUAGUUAAUCGGGGUCACGCAAUUCGAGGGAGAGUAUAGUAUACGUAGGUGUUGCAACUUUGGGCUGACCCGGAAUGCUGCAAAAUCCUGAAAUGACCCCUUUUUUGUUAAGAUAACUCCAAGCUUUGUUUUGAAACUGCAGUGGUUCAAAAUGGAUAUUUUCCCUACCUAGGGAGUGGGAGGGUGUGUUUAGGAUUAGUAUUCGCCGACAGAAUGUUCAAUAAUGAGAAAAUCCUUAAAUAAGAAUGACCGAGCAGGCUCAUAGGGAGGUUUUUUACGGGGUAGGUGCAAUCCAACUAGGAGACAUACCAAAUAAGGCUGGUGGGGCAUAUCUCUUAAGGGGGGAAGCUUUAGUUGUCUGAGACAAAAUUUCCCAGGAACUUUGCAACUGGGGGGGGGGCUCACCUGGAACACGUUAGUGUGAGUCCAGGGACAUGCUCCUGUGAAAACUUUUUGAAUUUUAAAAGCCCCCUGAAAUGGCUGAAAAUGCAAUUAAAACUAAGAUGGUGUGGUGAAACUUAUAUACUUUCAACAAGAAAGAAUGUCGACCUAAAAAAACUUUUCUCCACAAAGAGUCACACGGUGCAGCUUUAAUAGGAGUUUUAAUAUCCUCCAAGCAACAUAGAGAACUGGGUUCAGCAUGUCAAAGCUGACGGGAGUUCUCAUACUUGCCAUGCAACUGGUAAAAAAACAAUUCAGAUCCAACCUGACUUUGCAGAAAAGCAUGGCAAACAAACACGAAAAGGAUUUUUAAUGAGCAAUGAAAAAGUGUCUUGUAGGCACACCAAAUCCCCUUUUUAUACUUAACGAAGGCUAAAACUUUUUUUUUUUGGAAAAAGUGAGUCAGGCCUGUGACUUCUUUAACAGCAUUUUCAAUUUCACUACACAAUACCCCUACUUCACUCUUUUUAAGUCACUGAUCAAUAAAAAAGUGGACCUCUGGUGCCUAUGGGGGGAGGGGCAAGGGCAUGCUUCACAUCCACCUCCCUACAGGUCUGCCAAGACUAGGUUUUCUUGAGCCAGCAAGACUGAGCACCCACCCAAACCCUUGUUUUCACUAAAACCCCUAGACACCACAACCUGGUUGAGGUCAUUGUUAUCUAAGGUCUUCCCAAUAAUGAAUACAGUCCUCUCUCACUGGUUACCAGCAUGAUGGGUGUUUUACUAGGAGGGGGGGGGGGGUGACUGCUUAUUACCUGUGAGGGAGGUGCACAAUGCACCAUUUUGAGUAAACUUAGAUUUUCAAACCCAACCCCCCAAUUCAUCCUAGCUAUUUAGAAAUGACCCUCCAUAAAUUUUAACUAUGGUGAAAGUGAGCCUCCAUAGGAAUAUUCUAGCAACAAAUUGUGUAACUUGCAGAAUAAAGAUUAUUUUUUCGUGUUUUCAGGGAGAAGUGCAUACCCUCUCAUGCCUAAAAAACAUGAAAAAAACAACACCUGUUCUGCAGGCCACAAAUCGUGCCAAAAGUUCACCACAUGCUUUAUCUACAGUUAUGUUUAUAAGAUCAGUGUUUGCUAUUUACAGAUGUUACAUUCAAUUUCAAUUAACGCUUGUUACUGCUCUGUACUACUUUCAUGAAAUUAUUAAAAUGACCCCCCAGGUAAUGCUCCCUAAUCUGAAAAUGACCCCCCACCAAAAUAGCCGGUCCAGGCCCCCAUCUCGGGUAAUAAAUGACCAGCCCAUAGAGACCUUUGGGAAGUUUGCCUGAUUUGUAAAACUAAUUAUUUUUUUGAGCACCAGCCCAUCUGAUCCUCCUUUUCAGUAUAUAUACAGCAGUCAAUGGACAGCUGUAAUUUAUCAACUCAGUUGACAGAACCCCAAAGUCUUAUUUCAGUCCUACACUGAUGCACCCUGUAAUCAGAGCCUGUUUUUGUCUUCUUGUUGGUCAAGAAGGAGAAAAGGAGGCUGAUCUGCCUGAAUGGUGUAAAGUUUCUGAAUUUGCCACAGCCUCCAUUUCUGGAUAAGUCAAUCUUGCCUUCUCUCAUCAAACUUGUUUUUUCAAAUGCAAGCAUCCAUUUAUUGAUAGUCCGAUGGUCUUAACUAAACCGACUGUGCCAAGUUCACAGCUAUUAGACCUGGGUUGCAAACUGUAUCCUUAUAGCAACAAGCAACACAUAUGCCCAACAAAGAUCCUACUCGAUUAAUGCAGUCUUCCUUAAGUACGCCAAAAUCGAAAUAUUGUCGUGAGCAAGUGAAAGAAAGGCUCUGCCAGCAGGUUGCCACUGAUGCAGCCCCAUACUUAGUAUAAGGCUAUGUUCAAACUAUACCGGUUAGCUUUUCGUGGCACCACGUAUAGCUAACCUCCGGCAGUGUAGUCAGUCAAUAUGUGACCCUCUGCUCUAGAGAUCGGACUGGGGUAGCCUUGCUCCACCUCAGACUUAUCACACCACCACAACAAUUUUUGUGAGUGUGUGAACAGAAGCCCUACCCAGUAUGAUAUUCGUGGCAGCACAAAGGCUAGCGGUACACUGUGAACGUAGCCUAUGUUUAGAAACUAAACCCGCAAUUAUUUGUUAUUUUGUCAGGUUGUAAGAAAGUGGGUGUGACUGGCUUCUGUAUGGGUGGGGCCCUUGCUUUAGCUGCUGCUGCACUACUUCCUGAAGAGAUUUCAGCUGCCGCUCCAUUUUACGGCAUUCCCAGUUCCGACCUCUGUGAUGUGGGCAAGAUCAAAGCACCAGUGCAAGCCCACUUUGGUAGUAAAGAUACACUAGAAGGGUUCUCUUCUCUAAAAGAUGCUAAGGCCCUUGCAGAGAAGUUUGAUGCCGCUGGAGUGAGUUAUGAGCUGCACAUGUACGAUACUGGCCAUGCCUUCACUAAUCCUACUAAUCCAAAUUACACUAAGGAAAUUUGUGAUUUGGCAUUAGGAAGGAUGGUAGACUUUAUGAAGAAACAUUUACAAUGA